AAACAAAAGGUAGGGGGUGUGUUCAACAAUGCCCAGGCAUCUGCACUCAAGGCUCUCUCUCUCUGCAGGGGUCGUUUGAAACCAAGGUUUCACUAUCAUGCAAACGGUAUGUACAGAUAUCUGCCUAUCCCCCAUCAAAAAGUGUGACGGCGUCUCUUAAAAUGGGGACUUUCGAUUCAUUAACACAUAAGCCUUUCAAAUCCUAAUUUAUCACACCCUCCAGAGGAUGUGAAGGCUAAAAAGUCAACCAGCCCCCAGAAAGAAUACACCAUGUCUAGACCGAUCCCCAGGGAUAAACAAUGAUAUUUCUAAUCAGCGCAUAUACUAACAGUGCCCCCACCCCGGUCUAUACAUUUACAUCGGACACCCCCCAAGGUGCUAACCCUGAGGAUGUAGGAAAUCAAAAGGGUCAUUCAUGUCUUACUGUCUUGACACCCCUCCUGUUGUUUGAAAUCACUACCUUUGUAAUCUAAACCAAAAUAUACAGGGUGUUGCAUACAGGAUAUCGCCCGAAAAAACUUCACCCCAACAUGCCCUGUAAAUGCAUUCCGUAGUAUCUCUCCUUUUGAGCCAAGACCGAGGAGCGAGUGUCCGAUCCACUAUGUUAGCACCGCUUUAGCGCAGCUACAAACCCACAGGCCAGCAACCCCGAAUAGUUAUCGGACUGAACAUUUAAAAGGAUCAUCUGUGAAUCCGUCCUAAUGGAGCUUUCUGAAGUUUGUAGGGUCUCCAACAUUUACGCAGCUGCUCAGAGGGAUAAAAUGAUCUGGAACAGACAGCGUUAGACGGCGAUUCUCAGGAGCAAAUCGCAUGCAGCCAAACCCCGUCACAUUAUUGUAGACCUGACAUACAGCCAAGAAGAAUAACGGGGUCCAUGUGGACCCUGAACGGCUUCGGAAGAGCAGAUGACACAUCCGAUGACACAGAUGCAAUUCUCCCGUUCUGUACGAACGUUUUUUCAAACACACCGAGAACAGAGGAUUUAAACGUCCGGUUAACUCCCCCGGAAACCUCCACCAGCUCGCUCCAUAUUCCUAACCCAAGCAAACAACGCACAACUCGGGAGCAAAUACAUUGCUCAGAAUUCACCCCUCCGGAAAAGUAUGACAGGACAGGGAAUUUAUGAGACGGCGCUCCAUGGACACCGCUCCAACGAGACAGGCCUGGCAGAAUCGGGAAUUCUUGGUGACAAAAGUCAAGCCCCCCUGGUUUACGCGAUUUGUCAGAACAGCUCUCGUCAAAAAAGCAGAGACUCCUCCCCGGGGUAUAACGGCACCAAAGACCUCACACAUCUUAAGCGCGAGGAGGAUCCCGGCUCACCGAACAUUCCCAAUGAAACAACCAAAACGGAGGAUUUAAACGUUAUCAAUGACAUUUCCGAGGCAGACGACCGGUUAUUAUGGGAUGCGGCCAACAUUCUUGAUUCUGCCAAUUCUGUGGUGACAACAGAUGGAUCUGAAAUAGAACAAGCUAGGUUUUUCACAGCCUUUUCCAGGGCUCUAAAAUCCCGAAAGGUUUUGCUACACAGACGCCUGGGUGUUUUACUAGAGCGCCAAUACAAUAUAUCCUUCUGGCAUAGAGCAAUUCCACGUAUGUUAAACAGCAAUCCGAUUAAAAAACGCAAAUACAGGCGUUAAAAGCAUAUAUGUUACACGGAUCCUUCCAGAAUAACCCAAGAACACACAUCAUUAAUUAUCCAAAUGGCUGACCCAACAGACCUAGGCGAGACAGUUGAAAACCUCUUAUCCCAGAUACCGCCAGAAUUCCAAGCUAUAAUUAACCAUAUGAAUGAGGCGGGGGUAACAGACAUAAUACCGAUAGAUGAAAGCAUAUUAUCACAGAUUCCAGCCGAACUCAUAGAAAUUAUUAAUCGUAUGAAUGAGUCAGGGCCGUCCGACGAAAACCUGUUAUCACAGAUUCCCGAAGCCCUCAUAUCGCUAAUUACCCAGAUGAAGAGAGCCUGAGAUCUAAUUCUGCAACACACACCCCUCAAAACCAGACAUUAACACCUAUGUCCGAAGAGUCUGAAACGCAAUACGAUGUUUUUGAGGAAUUGGAAAAUUGUCUAAUAAAUCAGGAUGGAAACGGUAUGGAUAGAAGUGUUCGUGUUGUGUACCGAAAUCAAUUCAACAAUACAGAGAUUCGACAGUUUUUCAAUUCCGCAUGGGUGAAUCAGAAUCUUGACUAUGCUGUGUUUUACGUAAUGAUAUUGGACACUCUGAAUGAACUGUUAGAAAGGGCUAGAGAUUAUGGCGAACCACGUGAUGUCUUACAGUUGGAAAUUUGUGGAGAUUGCCUGUAUAACACGGUAUCUCUUUUUUUGACCAAUGGCGUAGCAGAUCUUGAACAAUUUAUCGCCCUGCUAGAACGACUUGUUCAGUCAAAUGUAUCCGUCAUAGCCGAUAGGACCCUCGAGCUUGUAGUGCAAAUAAUACGUGAACCCCAGGGUGGUGGUGGGCAGAGAAGGAAGCUAGAUAGCAUAAUGCAGUCAGAAAUCAUAAGCAAUAAAAGGGCCUACCUCAAACGUUCACAAUCCCGGUAAUAAGCUAUGCUUUGCAAUAGGUCUGUCCCAUUUACUCAACACGGGAUGUACUGAUCUAGCGGCGUUACAACGGUAUCCAGGAUGCUGUGGCUUUCUCUGACAUACUCAAAUUUGAAAACUUUCUAGAUUGUGAUAUCAAGAUUGUGGUUUUGUACCACAGUAGAGCUAAUGCAGCUCUCUUGAAAUUCCAAAACAACCCCCAACCUCAUCCUCAGACUCUGUACUUUUAUGUGCAAAACGAACAUUACUAUGCCGUUACUAACAUCACAGCGUUUUUAGGCGCACCAUAUGUGUCCAUCCUGCCAUACCGGCUACACCCGAAUGGGGGGGCACUCGUGCCGUUAUAACUGUUCAGUAUGUCUGGAUAAAAAUGGUCCAAUGCAACCCUUACACUUGACACCCUGUGAGGAUUGCCACCACACAUGUCGUUCGACCUACUGUUAUGAAAAACACAACAUUGAAACAUGGCACCCCAAGGCCUGUAAAUCUGUAAGCAGUUGUGACAUUAACAAGAAAUGCCCAAAAUGCCAUUGUAAUUACAACCUUAAUAUAGAUAGCCCUAAACCGCAUGUGUGUGGAAUCAUACAUUGCUCAAUCUGUAAAGGGUCUUUGAAAAGCAGAGACACUGAAGUGGUUCAAGAAGUGCAACACAAGUGUUAUAUUCAGCCCGUGGCUGAAGUUGAACAUUCAGAGAAAUAAAGUGUUAUAUGAUUUUGAGACAAAUCAGCAAUCAGGGGUUCAUUUGCCUAUUUUUGUAUCGACCAUGACUUUCAAGGGUGAAAAGUGGUCGGCCGAGGGACCCAAUUGUGCACUGUUCUUUCUAAAACACUUUAGAAAACCCCAAUACAGAAACUUCACGUUUAUAGCACACAAUGCUCGAGCCUAUGACCUUCUUCUGAACCCCUUGAUACAGCAAGGCGUUGCACCCAGUGUCAUAGCUCAAGGUAGUAAAAUCUUGUGUUUUGGCUGGUUCCCCGCACUUCUUCACAUCUGAGGAGAAUCUACAUUAUAUUGGAUCUUAUCCCUGCCCCGAAAUGUACGGGUGUGAUCAAAUGUCUCCCAAAGAGCGUGAGAGAUUCAUGACAUGCUACGAGACAGUAAGACAUGGCCCCUUUGAUUUCCAUAAAGAGAUGGAAUAAUACUGUGACAAUGGUGUGGUUAUACUUGGUGAAGGAUGCCUCAGAUUCAGAGAAAAGGUAGUCAAAGAUGCAGGCAUUGACCCCUGGAGUUGUACAACUAUUGCAUCGGCGUGCAUGAAAACCUAUCGUAUGAGUACAACGGUGGUUUCUUCCACGGUUGUAAAUCUUGCUUUAUGCCCCAGGGCAUGUGUGACCUAACCCAAAAGACGUUUGUGGAAAUGUAUCAACGGUUUCAAGACAACUUGGAUUCUUUCCAGGCUACUUACAGGUUAAAAGUUGUGGUUUUGUGGGAGCACGAAUGGACAGCCCUCAAAAAGUCUGAUCCUCAUGUUCAAGUCUUCCUUUCCAGCUAUGACACACUAGAACCCCUGGAACCACGACAGGCCUUGUAUGGAGGCCGUACCAAUGCUUUGACCUUGCGGUAUGUAGCGCAACCCGACGAGACAAUAGGAUAUGUAGAUUUUACAUCCCUUUAUCCUCAUGUAAUGAGUUCCUCAUGCUAUCCUAUGGGGCAUCCGGAAAUUAUUCACCGCGACUUUGACUUACCCCAAAACUAUUUUGGUCUGAUCAAAGAAACUGUCUACCCUCCUAGGGGUUUGUUUAUACCAGUGUUUACUUACAGGUGCCCUCAAGGAAAACUUUUCUUUCCCCUUUGUCGCACCUGCAGUGAAAACAACAACCAGCAAAACCCUUGUGAUCACUCAGAUCAAGAAAGAGCCCUGACAGGUGUAUGGGUCACAGUUGAAUUCUCUAAGGCUCUGGUGCAAUUGAGGCGCAAUCAGAAGUGGGUUCUACCCCCAGGUAAUGUAAGUGUGUUUCUUGCAGCAUUUACCACGGCCUAUUGCCGACUUGAACUGUACACCCUCAUGGAACAGCUUCAGAGGCGGGUUCUUGACCACGACACAGACUCUGUGGUCUAUGUAAGCAAACAGGGUGAUUGGAACCCCCCACUUGGCGACUAUCUGGGUGGUUUAACGAGUGAACUUGAAGAGGGUGACCAUAUCACAGAAUGGUCCUCAUGUGGACCCGAAAGCUAUGCUUUUAGGACUAAAGACAAUCACGUGGUGUUGAAAGCCUAAGGUGUGACUCAAAACUAUGAAAAUGCCCCGCGUGUAAACUUGGAAUCAAUCACACGCUUGGUCGAGGGUUUCAUAAACAACAGGAAUAGUGACUUGGAGAUUUCGAGCUCCUACAAAAUAAUUGUUAGGGAUAAAAAGGGCUUCCAUCUAAGGAACACCCCACUUACUAAAAUAUUCAGGGUAGUCUAUGACAAGAGACUGCUAUUGCCUGACGGGACCACAUUGCCCUUUGCUACAAGCCCCCCCAGUGUGUCUUAAAGCUUAAGAUAUAAUGACUGCUGUAGCUGAUUUUGACCCCCGUUAGCAGCUGCCAUUUUCGGCCUAAAUCGCAGGCCCAUCAAAUAGUGGUAAAACUUGCUUUGUAAAAAGUAUUUGAGAGAAUUCUGAACAUGUGUUAUCUCAAAAGCCUGAUAAUGUUGUGUGGUGUUAUUCAUGUUAUCAACCUCUGUAUGAUGAAUUAUUGAAGACAAUAAAAAUCACGUUUGUUG